AUGUCUUUAGGUACUUUAUAUGUUAAUGCAUCUCCAAGAUCUAUCCCAGCCAAAUGUAUUAUUGAAGGUUUGGGUUUAGAUGUCAAAAUCGAAACUCUGGCAUCUGCUGAUGAUAAAUUUGCUGCCAAGUUUCCAAUUAAGAAGUUCCCAACUUUCGAAGGUGCUGAUGGUUUCAAGAUUCACGAAGUCGUUGCCAUUUGUCAAUACUUGAUUAAUUUAUCUGAUGAUGAAGAAGCUAAGAAGGCCUUAUUAGGUGCUAACAUCAAACAACAAGCUUUAGUUUCUAUGUGUACUUCUUUUUUCAACACCGACAGUAUCAAUUGCUUAGCUCAAGCAAUGUUAAUGGCUAAAGGUGUGAUUCCUUUCAACAAGAAGGUCUUUGACGAAAAAUUAAACACUUACAAAUACUACUGUAGUGUUAUGGACAGAAAAUUAAGAGAUUGUACCUUCUUAACUUCUGAAGACAUCAGUUUGGGUGAUAUCUUUGGUGCUGCCAACUUUGGUUUUGCUUUCACAACUAUGUUAGGUAAAGCUGAAAGAAAGCAAUAUCCAAACCUUGUUAGAUACGUUCAAACUGUUUUUGCUUCUCCAUUUUUCAAGACUGAAGGUGCUCAACUAAAAUUCAUCGAUACUGCUUUAGCUUUUGUUCCUCCAAAGAAGGAAAAGAAAGAAAAGAAGGAACAACCAGCUGCUGAUAAGAAGGAAGCUAAGCAAGCUGAAAACGCUGAACCAGCUCCAGAAAAGAAAGCUAAGCAUCCAUUAGAAGCUUUAGGUAAGGCUACUUUUGUCUUAGAUGAUUGGAAGAGAAAAUACUCUAAUGAAGACACCAGACCGGUUGCUUUACCAUGGUUCUGGGAACACUACAAUCCAGAAGAAUAUUCUCUAUGGAAGGUUGAAUACAAAUAUAACGAUGAAUUAACUCAAACUUUCAUGUCUAACAACUUAGUCGGUGGUUUCUUCAACAGAUUAUCUGGUUCCAUCAAGUACAUGUUCGGUUCUUUAGUUGUCUACGGUGUCAACAAUGAUAAUGGUAUCGUUGGUGCUGUUUUAGUCAGAGGUCAAGAAUAUGCUCCAGCUUUUGAUGUCGCUCCAGAUUGGGAAUCUUACUCUUACGUUAAGUUAGAUGCCUCUAAGGAAGAAGACAAGGCUUUUGUUAACAACAUGUGGGCUUGGGAUGAACCUGUUAUCGUCAACGGUGUCGCAAAGGAAAUUGCUGACGGUAAGGUCUUAAAAUAA